UGCAGAGAGCUGAAGUCAUCAGUUACCAAACGAGCUGAGAGCAGGCAAGAGAAAGGGAGAGAUAGUGAAUUGCUCAACCGUGAAGCGCAGCUAUCGAGAUCGCGUUGGAUACAGAAGAGCGACUCUUCGGCAACUCUUACCCAUUAAAGCAUCACUGUGAGUUUUUUCGGGAUGCCGCGAUGAUGAUGACGCGAGGACCUCCUACGUGUCAAGCUCAAUAAAUAAAGUCACCUUCACACCUGGACGUGCCGUGGUGGACCACAGAGGGGAAUACAGUCACUCAAGACGAGGAUCCAACUUCAUCACCAUGCCAAUUUAAUCCGAUUCCUCCUCCCCUAAAGUUUUGCAUACAGUGCUCUCGAUGGAGAACUAAUACUUGCAUUGUUUCCAUGGAUUGAGUACAUUUCGGAUACCUCUCAGUGGCACAUAUGUGGAUUGUUUCCAGGAUGUUGCUGCCGAAACGGCCCAGGUGCUAUUGGGCCAUUGUCAAUUCUACUUCUCUUGCGUCUGAGCACAGCUGGGGCUUCUGCCCGGUUUAGGAAUAACAUUGAGUAUCGCACAGAUCACAGUGCAACAAGUCACAGGUUGGUCGAAGACAUUGAUAUUGACAAGACAAGCAUCAUUCCCCUGAUUACUAUGCAAUUACAACUGAUCUCCAUUGUUUUGAUCUUGCAUUGUAUGGAAUACACAAACUGUCAGCAUCACGCCUCCAGGCAACGGCUACACAAACAGGGUUCAGGGGUGAGCUCCCAGGGGUGCCAGGGAGGCUGUCAAACCUGCUCGGUUUACAAUGGGUGUCUGACGUGCAAACCCAAGCUUUUUAUUCACCUGGAGAGGGACGGCAUGAGGCAAAUCGGAGUGUGCCUGGCCUCCUGCCCCAACGGUUUCUACGGCACCCGUUCCCCCGACAGAAACGACUGCAUAAAGUGCGGGUCAGAAUGCGACUCGUGCUUCAACAGGAACUUCUGCCUGCGCUGCAGAUCCGGCUCCUACUUGCACAAGGGAAAGUGCAUGGAGAGCUGUCCAGAUGGGCUGGUGCCCAGUGAUAUCAAGAAAGAAUGUGUACCUGCAUGUCCAGCGGAAUGUGACUCCUGCCAGAACAGUGACACAUGUACGUGCUGUGUCACGGGACACUACCUCCUGCAUGGACAAUGCCAUCACACCUGCCCAGAGGACUUCGAGCCCAACGACCAAGCUACGGAGUGCAUCCCCACAGUGCACUGUGAAGUGGGCGAGUGGAGCGAGUGGGGCCCCUGUUCACGCUCAGGAAAAACCUGCGGCUUCAAAUGGGGCGAAGAGACACGGACCCGGAAGGUCUUACAAAACCCCACUCCUAAGGGAACCCCGUGCCCCCUGGUGUCUGAAAAGAGAGAAUGCUUUGUCAAAAGACGAAGAUGUAAGCCAGGAAAAGGCCAGCGGAGGGGAGAGAAGAAAAAACACUUUAACGUACAGGAUAAAGAGAAUGCUGAGGUCCGUCGCGAGAGGAAGAGAGAGCGAGAGAGGGAGUCGAGUGACCGAGAGGACUCGGAAAACAGAAACAAAACAGAGCACCGUCGCCGGAGGGACCAGAGCAGAGACGCUGGAACAGUAUAAAGAGAUACUGCUCCUAAACUCUCCCCUGCAUUUCUUUCCCUCUUUAGUCCAUGUCACCCCUUACCCUCUUAACCUCUCACGGAGGGGGUUUUGCUGCUACCUGUAUAAUUUAAACGUAUACUGUUUAUGCACAAGAGAGAGGGGGCGCUUGUCACCCACACCAUUGCAGAUAGCGAGGACAACCUUUAAGCUUCUCUCCUGAGAGGGCACGCCUCACUCCCUCAGACCUCGUCUGAUGCUGGACCGAGGAUGAACUGAAUAUUGUGGGGUGAGGCAUUCAAACAAAGUCCAGUGAUUGGUUCCACCAAGUCCAGUGAUUGGUGGAAUGGGUUUUUAAAAGGGGUCCAGGUGUCAUGGUUUGAAUAGUAGAGUUGUUGUAUAAACAUCUUUUUUGGCUAAAUAAAUUAAAAAUGAGUAUGAUUACUGCCAUUGUGGACAUUGACUGCGGUCGAAGACCAUGACUGUAUGUUGAUUGGUGUAAAAUGGACCAGGCUGAAUGACGAACUGUUUUUCUUAAUACUGGAUGAGCAACAACACUCUCGCCGCAACAUUUUAUUAACAUUUUUCUCAGAACAACGUGUUGAUUUGCCUGUCUAUAUAAACAGGAUCUGUGCUUUUCCUGAGGCCAUGUGACCAGAAAUCAAAAGCGCCUGUAUGUCAA